AUGGAAAAGACUACCGACAAGAUUCCAACAAUUUUAAUUGUUGGAGCAGGUAUAGGUGGACUUAGUUUUUAUCAUUCAGUUCGAAAAAACCUUGGACAAAAAUUUAAAGUUAAAAUAUUCGAACGUGAGACUAGUCCUCAAGAUCGAUGGCAAGGUUAUAAUUUAUUUAUUAAUAGGAAAGGGAUCACUUCUUUAUUCUAUUGUACACCAGUAGAAGUUCAAGCACGUCUUCCUGAAGCCAUGCCAGAUCCAAUCCCUAAGGAGAAACAUUCUAUAACGAUUGUCGACCAUGUUGGAAGAUGUCUGCUUAGUCUACCACAAUAUAAAGCUAAGAACGUUUAUGAAAUAGAAAGUCUUAAGCAUGAUUUCGCCGGUAUAGUUACAUAUCGUAAUAUAUUGAGAGAUGUUUUAUUAGAAGGUGUUGAUAUUCAGUGGGGUAAAAAAUGUGUUGGAUACGAAGAAAGUGAUGAUGGAGUUUGGGUAUUGUUCGAAGAUGGAACAAGAGAAUUUGGAGAUUUAUUAAUUGGUGCAGACGGAAUUAAUUCACCAAUUCGAAAACAAAAGGUUCCUGACUUGGAAAUUUUUGAUCUUGGUGUAGCAGGUGUCGAUGUAGAUGUUGCGAUAUCAAAGGAUUUGGCCGAACGAUUGAUGUCCAUAUAUGGAAAUUCAUUAUUACAGCAAUCAAUUGGUCGAAACGGAGAUUCAUCUUUUUCAAUUAUGCGCUUUAUACCAAUCGAUCAAUUAGACGUACCAAGAUAUAGGAUUACCUUUAGUUAUAAUUACCCGACAAAUCUCGAUAUUAAAGAUAAUAUAUUGAUUGACGAUAAUGACCCAAACUCAGUUAUAAAACAUACAAUUUCAAGAAUUAAACAAUCACGUCCACCUUGUGAGUUAACAGAUCUAAUGAUUGAAAUAUUUUCGUUGGUUCCGUUUUCUCAUCCGGGUGAAAAGCAUCCAUUUAGAACAUAUAACCCUCCACGGCGUCGUCAACUUCGUGAUAUUAAUCCAUUAUCUGUCCCACCUUGGAAUGAUGAUAGAAUCGUUUUGUUAGGUGAUGCUGCUCAUGCAAUGACUCCACGAUUAGGAUUAGGACGCCGACCUGUUGACCAAGGAAUUACUUAA